AUGCAUAAAGGUCGAUCACGUACCUCUGAUGUAUACAGAGUGGAACAUCUCGUGGAUAAACGAAUACGUGGGAAUCGUACAGAAUAUCUAGUAAAAUGGAAAAAUUGGUCUGAUGAGCAUAAUACAUGGGAACCAGCAAAAAAUAUAUUGGACAAACGAUUAAUUGAAUCAUACGAAAGACGAGAGAAACGUAAAAAAAAUCAAUUAGCAUCGUCAUCAUCCUCGACACCACGUGAUAGAAGUCAUAGUACAGAAAGUCAACGGUCGCCUUUACAUUCUCCAGAAAGACACCAACAGCAGCAGCAACCACAACCACAACAUGUGAAAUCUGAAGAGAAUUUAAAUUUAAACGAAUCUUCAUCAUUGUCGCCUAUUAAAUCCAGUCUAGCAUCAAUUGAUCCAAUCCUUUCAACAUUUCUUCCACCUAAUAUUAGUACUGGUAGUACCAGUUGUUAUUCAGACUUACCACUCAGUAGCAGUAGUCAAUCGAUAAAAUCUCCACAUACCUCAUCAACUACUACAUCAACUGAUUCUAUGCCAAGUCAAUGGGAAUUAAGCGAGUUAUGCUAUGAUCGUCGUUUUCGACGGACUACACUAUUGGUUGCUGCUGCAUCGGCAUCAGCUGCAAAUGCAGCAGCCGCAUUAGCACAUUCUAGGCAAUCUGGAAGACAAGCAGCACAACAUUCGAGUACAACUGGGUCGAGUACUGGUCAUACAACAACAACAACAACUGCUUCUACUAUUACUAAUAUUUCCAGCAAUACUAACGUUAUUAGUACUACGGCUAGUAUAGAAAAUGCCAAUUCUACUGUCAGUUUACAAGCACAAUCAAAAAUGACUAAAACAGAAGCAGUAACAACACCACUUUCAGAUGAAAAUAUCGAAGCAAGACCAAAAAUCCGUUUAACAAUCCCACGUGAUCGAAUCCUACCAUGUCCACCAAUCGGUGUAUCGAGUAACUCGUCAGCCUCUUCAGCUAAUAAUACAUCAAUCAAUAGUUCUUCGUCAUCAUCAUCAAAUCAAUGUCUAGAUGAUUCUGAUCAUUCAAUAUCAAUGACUGAGUCAACCUCUGUUCGACACGAAGAUGUUAACACCAGUGGAUUAUUUGUUGCCCCGGUGGAAUUACCUCGACGAUGUUAUAAUACAGCAACAGCCCUGUCACCACAUUCACUAAUGAAUCCAACCGGUGGAAUGCGUUUACCCGACAUACAGAUAGACAAUCGUAGUCACUUGCACGAUUACGAGACAAGUAAAUCUCCAAAAUGGAAUAAACAGUCGCCGUGUACAAAUUAUACUAAUCAUACUAGUGUUUCAAGUAUGAUGCAACUGCCUAAAUUACUUAUCUCUUCGACAAAUUUAUCCUCAACUUCACCAUCUCCUUCAUCAGCAGUACCUUAUGAUAUUGUAAUAUCAGGAUCAUCAUCAGUAUCAGCAUCAGCAUCGAAGAAACGCAGACGGCAGUUUAGUUCAGAAAGUUGUCUAUCUUCUCCAUCACAUGCUUAUAGCGUUGUUGAACAUGACGUGGUGGUUAAGAAACGGAGACAUUCACAGAAGAAAAAAGAUAAGCGGAAACGUCGUCAUGAACAAAUCUCUGAAUAUCAAGAACAACAGCAACAACAUCAUCAUCGUCAUCAUCGGGACCAUCGGCAUCACCAACAUCAUGGAAAGAGUGGAUAUGCUUCAUCUUUUGAAGAGUAUAACACUUUAAGUAUGAAUAAGAUCCGUCGACGGAGUGGUUCCUCAUCAGCAUCGCAUACCUCAUCUACCUCAUCAUCCUCCUGCUCCUCUUCCUCUGCAUCCUCUUCAUCAACAUCCUCUUUAUCACCGACAAUUCUAUCGAAUACAAUAUCACCUCCUAAUCAAGAAGAAGGAUUUCCUCGAUUAGCUCCUCUACGUAUCCAUUUACCUAGAUCAAUUACUUCACAGUUAUCUGCAUCAGAGUCUUGUAUAGAUAAUCAAUCAUUUAUCGAUCAUACAACUAGUGGGGGUGGUGGUCAACGAUUAGCAUCUUGUGGAAUGAAUUACAGGAGUACUCAUACUUAUACUACUAAUAAUAAUGGUAAUAGUAAUAAUAGUGUUGUAAUUGAUCAUAAUGCCAAUACAAGUCAUAUCCAGAUAAAUCAUUCCACAAAACGAAUCCAUUUAGUGCCAGAAAUGUGUAUUACAGAUAUUACAGUGAAUGGUUUAACGAUAAGUAUUAAAGAAUGCAGUGGACCUAGAAAUUUCUUUGGUAUACCAACUAGUCAAGUUGUUCAAUAUAACUCACCCUCCUCCUCCGCGUCGAUAAAGAAGGCUGGAGAUACUUCCAUCGGAGAUGAGUAUACCACACCAACUACUACAACGACAACAACUAGUAGUACUUCAACAACCACAACGACAACAACGAGUUCGUCAGCUGCCUCCGCUGCUGGUGCUUCCACGUUGAAUAACACGACUUCAUCAUCGUCGACAAAUACAACGAGCACACCACCGACAACAAAUAAUACGCAUUCAUCUACUACACGUACUGUUAAACCAUUAUGUGUUGUUAGUUUAAAGGAGCAGAAUGUUUUAACGACGUCGAUAUCGUCACCACCACCACCAGCGUCGACAAAGUUAGAAUCCUCUGGAGUUUAUCAAACGCCACCAAUGACUGAUAGUGUGAUAUCCAUUCCAAAAGAUAACGAAGUUGAUGAUCGUGAUGGUGAUGUGGUUGACGAAAAUCACGUAAAAAAAAACUCACUUCAACAAUAUGGGGAUGAAAAUAUUGCUCCCAGUGUCACUGAUGAAGAGAUAUCAAGUCAUCAUCAUCGAAUCGGCGGUCUUCAACUGCCUGUUCCCAUUUCAACAUCAUCAUCAGCGACAUCGUUAUAUCCUCCACCUUCAUCUCCGUCAACUACUACACCGCCAAUCGUCAUUAUUACAUCAUCCUCAUCUGAUUCAGAUAAUCGUCAAACUCAUCGACUGAGUACAAUCUAUGAAGAUACAGAACCUUCUUCUUCAUUAAAAUCUGAGAAAGAAGAGACUCUUGUUGAAUCUCCUAUUAAAACUGAAAGUGUAGUAACAUCUACACCCCCACCCCCACCACCACAACAACAGCCGGAGAUUACGUCAUCAACAACACUUGUCUGUCCUACAAUUGAUACUAAUCUCGCCAAUAAUUCACAUCCAACAUCCUCUCUUCUUCUAGCUGCAACUGAAGCAGCUACAAAAAGUGCAUUAGACUCACCAUGUUCCCCUGGUCUAUUAAUAUUUCCCCCACCAAGACGUUCAUCUACACCGAUAGAACAUAGUCCAGCUUAUAUAAAUCAAUCUUUAAUGAUAAAUAAUACUAAUCCUUUAGAAAUCGAUAAAUCAAUAAAUCAUCUUGUAUCAUCAUCAUCGGAUAAUUUGACUACUACUACUACUAUUACUAUUAGUGGUGAUAAUGGUACUGUCAUUAAAUCGAUAACUAAAUCAAUGCCAAGUACAGAGUUGUGUGCUGCUAAUUUCAAUCGUAAACAUUUAAAUUCAAAAACAACAACAGCAUCAACGAUUACAUCACCAUCUUCAUCAUCGUCAUCAUCACCAUCAACUCGACCUAUGGCAACUAUAUUUGGACAAGUACGUAAUCGUAAUACCACCACCACAACUACCAGUGUCUUGAUGAAUAAUAAUACCUCAGAGACUGGAUCUACGCGUAAAUCAACUGGGAAGUCAAAACAUACCACUAUGCCAUCGACAGGAUCGAAUAUUUGGAGUAAUUCCACUACUACUUCUACUAUUACCACUUCUAAUACUACUAUGGAUACCUUGAAGGAUGCAUCUUUAAAGCCUAUUGGUCGGAUAAAUGCUUCACACUAUGAUGAUAAUAGUAUUGAUCGUAAUAACAAUAAUAAUAAUAAGAAAUGUAGUGAUCCAAGUAAAAUUUAUACUUUCACAGGUGAAUCCUCGCCGACAUAUAAUCUAGCUAGCUGUUGUGGUGAUGAUGAUGAUAAUACUUCCUCAUCGCCGUUAUCAUUGACAUCAUCUCCACGAAAUACCUGUCCCCUCCCUUCAUCUUCUUCUUCUACUACAUGUUCUGAUCUAAAGCAUACCAAUGUCAAUAGUUCCAAGAUAUCACGAUCAAGUAAACAUAAUCAUCAUAAUUCAGGAUAUCGUAAUCAUGAUUCCUUGAAAUGUUCAAUAUCAUCAUGUACACCAACUCCCCCGCCACCCUUACCACCACUAACACAACCAGCAUCCUCCUUCCCGUUAUCAUUUUCAACUGCCUACAUCAAUAAUAAAACACUCCAGCAAUCCUAUUUAAAUAUGCCUACACUUCUACCAUCUGAUGAUAUGUUGUAUUUAAUGAAUAAACAAGGUUGUUGUACUGUUGGAGACAAUGAAAUGACGACAACAACAACAAUCAUACCGACGAGUCUCAGUACUUCUACUCCGAAUAGUUUCAAUUACAUGCCAAACGGUAAUGCGAAUAACAAUGUUGGUCAGUGUAAUACAGAGGCUGCAUUGGCAGCAGCUUCAUGUCUGCAACAAUUACAAAUGCAAUUUAUGUGUAGUGCUAAUCCAUUAGCUAUGGCAGCAGCAUUAUCUGCACUGAGUGGUGGUGGUGGCGGUGCCGGUGCCGGCGGUGGAUUCCCAACAAAUCCCCCUCUCCUUCCACCAAAUAUGAAUUGUCCACCAGUUCGGUUUAAUUUCAAUUCUGAUAUGAAUACAAACACUCCGUGUAGUAAUAGUAGUAGUACUAGUGUGGGGGGUAGUGGGAAUCCUGCAAACUUUGAUUGGUCAACAUCGACGCCUUUCUUCCCGAAUUCAAUCGAUUCAAAUUUACCAAUGGUAUUUCCAAAUGAAUCGAAUUUCCUACCGCCUAAUCCAUCAUACUCUACAGGUGUGAAUAAUAAUAGUAAUAAUAAUAAUAAUUCAACGCUUGGACAAUUCCAUCCUAUGGAUGGUUAUGGUAUGAUGCUGAUGAUGAAUGCUUUGAAGCCUAGUGUUGUUACGUCAUUGGCAGGUGCUGCUGCUGCUGCUGUCAUACCCGGAAGAUGUGACUAUUAUCCUGUAGACAAUUGCUGUGUAAAUACUGUUGGGGGGGAUACAGUUGGAUUAGUCUCGGAAUCUUCUGAUCUCCCAAUUGAUUUAUCUGCAAAACGGUGA